AUGUUUAGAAGUGUAUUCCGUGCUGCCCCAAGUUUGACCAGAGUUUCUGGAUUGAGAAGCGGAUUUGUAAAGCCAACUUUUUCAAGUGCUUCCAGGUUCUAUGCUUCUUCUUCUCUAUCCAAAGAAGAAAUCACAACCCGUAUUGCUGAUGUGAUUAAAUCUUUUGAUAAGACAGCUUCUGCUACUUCGAUUACUGCUAACACUCAAUUUUCCAAGGAUUUAGGAUUAGACUCAUUGGAUACCGUUGAAUUGUUGGUUUCCAUUGAGGAAGAAUUCGAUAUCGAAUUCCCAGAUAAGGUUGCAGAUGAGCUCAAGUCUGUCGGUGAAACUGUGGAAUACAUCGCUUCCAGCCCGGAAGCUAACUAA